AUGAUGAAUCUAUUUGUCAACAUGAGGUUCUUCAGGAAAGUGGAGGAUGAUGGUUUAGUAAAUUUCGAUUCAGAUUACGAUCUAGAUGACGAAGAUGAUCUAAUUAAAGCAGUCAUAACAGAUGCGGAGGAGGAAUCACUUGAGGUGGAGAUUUCAAUGCCACUCUUUCUCAAUACGACAGAAAUUGUGUUGGUGGUUGUACUAGUGAGGAUUGCAGAGGAAGCAGCUAAUUUAUAUUCUUCUUUAUUUAAAGAAGAUUUUCCUAUAAGACCAAGAAAUCAGAAGGGUAUUAGGCAGGGUGACCCCAUUUCACCAUUCAUUUUUAUUAUAGUGGAUGAACUUCUUUCUAAAAUGAUUGGUAAAGCUGCAUCUGAUGGCCUCAUUUCUGGAUUUCAAAACAUUCUUUUUGCUUUUCAAUUGGUGACUGGUUUAAGUGUCAACUUCAGAAAAAGUGCAGUUGUAGGAAUUGGUGAUGACAAUAAUGCUGCUUAUUGUGCUUCAAUUUUUGGCUGUCAGAUUGCUGAGUUCCCUAUAAACUAUUUGGGAAUUCCAUUAGGAAGUAAAUCUAAAAACAAGGCAGUUUUGGAUGUCUUGAUUGCAAGAUUUCAACAAAAAUUAAGAACUUGGAGAAGGAGGUAUCUUUCUAAAGGAAAAAGACUACUAUUGAUUAACAGUGUGCUGGCUAGUACACCUAUCUAUUUUUUGUCAAUGUUCCAGAGGCCUAUAUCUGUUAUAAAGACUUUAGAAAAGAUCAUGAGAAGAUUUUUAUGGGGUUCUUCAGAUAAUUCUAAGAAGAGAAGUUGGGUGUCUUGGUCAAAAGCUAAUAUUUCUAAGGUAAUUGGAGGCAUUGGUAUUAAGAAGCUGAAGCUAGUGAACAAAUCUUUACACUGCAAAUGGAUAUGGAGAUAUGGCAAAGAGAAAGAUUCCCUGUGGAGACAACUAGUCUAG